AUGGCUGAACCCGUGCCUCAUGCGCUCCCCGUCGUCACCUACAAACGAGGUCUCGGCAAAGUGAGUGGCUCAACCUCUUGUCAAUCUGUCGGAAGAGGGAGCCUUUGACCGCAUCUCGCCGUGGUGUGCCGUGGUCGAGUGCCGUCGAAACGCCGCCCCAUUCUCAUUGGCCGGCGCGCGGGCCCCGCAUUCAAAUCGUCGCCAAUUUACUAAAGUCGAGCCUCAACCUAUCACCGAGCGUUUGGUGAACUGACCCUCAGCUGCUGGCUUUUGCUUGCUUAGAUCUCGGUCGUCUUUGCUUGCGGUACCGCCCUCUUCUCGGAUGGGUAUCAGAAUGUGAGUCCUGGAUGCUGUUUCAGCAGCUACCUCGCACUGCCAGGCGAGACACGCCACGUCACGUGCCACCUGGUCAGAGCGGCGGCAGUGGCUUGCGAGAAAGCGGCGAGUGCGAUGGUCGAAUCAGAUGAUGUAACGUGCUGACGCUGUUUGGGGCGUUCGCGGCCUUGUAUGGGAUAGGGUAUCGUCGGAUCGGUCAACACCAUCUUGCGACGCUUGUACCCCAAGCAGUUCCCCGGCAACUACUCGACCCUCUUCUCUGCGAUGGGUUUCGCCGGCACCGUCCUCGGUAUGCUCUCGUUCGGAUUCUUGGUCGACCGCACGGGUCGCAAAGGUGGCAUGAUGCUGGCUGCCGUCAUCGUCGCCGUCGCUGCCUGCCUGCAGACGGGGGCAUACGGCGCCAAGGGCAGCCACAAGGGUAUGUUCAACGCGUUGAUCGCCUACAGGUUCAUCAGUGGUAUCGGAAUCGGUGAGUGGUGCAUUCCUCCGUCCGAAUGUCACCGUGAAAUAUUCCUCGUAUUUUGCUGAUGCGGAGAUCACUCUUUUCACGACAGGUGGUGAAUACCCCGCUGGAUCAGUCGGCGCUUCCGAGAACACCGAAGAUCCCUCCAUCAAAAAGGGUACGCAGCACAUGCUCUUCGCCCUCGCAACUAACUGCGCCAUCGAUGCCGCCUUCGUCGUGUCGGCCUUCGUGCCCCUCGUUCUUUUAUGGAUCGCCGGGGAGAACCACCUCCGUGUCGUCUGGCGCCUCUGCUUCGCGAUCGGUAUUAUCCCCCCUGUCUUGGUCCUCUUCUGGCGACUGCGCAUGGCCGAACCGGCUCGCUACCAGGUCGCAAGCAUGAAGCACGCCCCUACUCCUUACUGGUUGACGAUUAAGCGAUACUGGAAGAGCUUCCUUGGAUUGUCGAUUGCUUGGUGAGCAGAAGCGAUCUUGCAAGUGAUGUGGAGUGUCGUAAUGAAAUUUUUCUGGCUCGUCAUUUCUCCCUCAGGUUCGUUUACGACUUUAUCGCAUACCCGUUCGGUAUAUACUCCUCGACUAUUGUCGACAUCAUCACCGAUGGAUCUGAUGUAAGACGCACUCUCUCUCGUUAUCUGCAGAUGGCGGCCUUGCUGACGGCACCGGCUCGUUCUUCAUCUCAGUCCCUUAAAACCAUUUUUGCCUGGAACAUCGUCAUCAACGCGUGAGUGUUGUGAUCUCGAUUCGCUAGAUCAGCUAGCUGACUCAUGUUUCGACUAUAGUUUCUAUAUGCCCGGUUGCAUCAUCGGAGCCGUGACCGUCGACAAAAUCAAGCCCAAGAGGCAGAUGAUCAUCGGUCUCGUCCUCCAAGCCGUCACUGGAUUCGCUAUGUCUGCUGCUUUCGGUCCUCUCCAAAAGCACGGUGAGUCUUGUUCCAGUCCGGCCGCCUCAGAACGAUUACUGAUUGUGGGUGUCACCCUCGCUCGGACAGUUGCUGGAUUCGCCGUGAUUUACGGCAUCUUCCUCUCCUUCGGUGAAUUUGGUCCAGGUGACUGCCUCGGUACGUGUCGGGACUUUCAAAUCCUCCACACCCAAAUGCCAGGCAGCUCAUGGUCUCGUCUUGUUCGUGGUCUUGCAGGUCUACUCGCCUCCAAGAGCUGGCCCACUGCCGUGCGUGGACGGUUCUACGGAAUAGCAGCAGCCAUCGGCAAGAUUGGUGCCUUUGCUGGAACCUACGCUUUCCCGAAGGUAGGUCUUGGUAACGUACCUACGACUGCACCGGCGCUAUUUGCUCACUACAUCUCCACUUCUCAGAUCAUCGCCUCUUUCCCCGCCGGCGAUAAGCAGGCCUCAGGUCCCUUCUGGGUCGGCAGUGGUCUUGGUUCGUUCGAUUUCGGAAUGACCGCGCAGGUGUACAUUUUAUUGACUCUGUUUACGCUCUGUUUGAUUCACACAGCCAUUUUCUCGGCGAUCUGCGUUCUUUUCCUCGUUCCCGAGAUUCACGCUGAUCACAUGACCAAUGAGGACGAGGUGCGUUCCAUCGUAUAAACUGAAGACAGAACGACGCAUUAUGUGUGCUGAUUGCAUGGUCCUUUUUCAUCAUCACAGGCCUUCCGUGUCUACCUCGAGGCGAACGGUUAUGACACCUCGCGCAUGGGCCUUUCGGAAGAGGAGCGCCAGGCGCAGGUCAGCUCGUCGAGCGUCGCCUCGAUCGACGACACCUUCACGGAGACCAAGGAGUGA